CUGUGGCCCAGUCCAUCCUCAUCCUGGCUACACAGCACCUCCAGACUGUCAUCAACACACUCAUCUCCUACCCCCUGCCCUUCGACAGUUGGAGCUGUGAGAUGUGGAUUGCCUUGGGGGCAGACAGUAAACUGGCCUCUCAGAUCAUGGAGAUGCUGAUGGAGAAGCUCAACGUCAUGGUGCCCUACGUGGACAAGAAGGAGUCCAUGAUGAGAGGAGGCCUCACCAAGGUGGCCACCAGUCACCCUCUAGCUAUGACCUGUGCCCUGAAGGAGAUGAUGCUGAACGGCCAGAGCCAUGAGGCGGUGGUGUCCCUGUUCCCCCAGCUCUUCAGCUCCCUGCUGGUCCGCCUGGGCUCCAGCGUGGGGSUCACACUACCCAAAGACAUCAACAGCUCCGGAACAAACAGGAAGAGCCCCACCAAACUGGCCGCCGGCUUCGACGAUUGUGCGAGUGGGAUUAUGAAGCCGACAUGCGCUAGCUAG